AUGAGUAAACUGGAUGAUCUUUUGGCCAAGAAGAAAACUGUGGUGCCAGUUUUAGAUCUGAGCCGCAGCAAUAUCCAAUCAAUUGAGGAGUUCAAGAGGCUAAUGGAAAAGGUGCCAGACUAUAAGAUGCGUCCGAUUAAAGUGCGUGCCGAGGAAAUAAAGAUACGGGAAAAGGAUUAUUCCUUCAAAAUGCCCAAAAAGGAGAUGCGCAAGCUACUGAAGCAUAACGGGGAGCGGGAGGCGCUUUACACCUAUGCCGAUCCAAUGCCCAGCGAAAUGAAGGAUGUUGUGCUCAUGGAACUGUGCGCUGUGCCCAUCGACUGGAAAAUGUUGACCACGCUGCGACCCAAGUCCAAGCUGGAAGAGGAGUACUUCAGUCGCAUGGUCGAGAUGGGCAAGCUGGAACUGAAGACCGAAGCACGGGACAGGCGCGAAUUCGCACUAAACAAUUGCAUCAGGAAAAUCAAAAACAAAUCGGGCAUUGUGGAAACGCGCCUCAUCACCUGCGAAUCGUGCGGCGAGGAAAUGUGCUGGGGUAAAUGGUGUGGAGACUUCAACUACGAUUUGUAUGUGCGCGUUGAGGCCAAAGUGCUUAAGCCGAAGCCCCUGGCGAAUACGGCCAACAAAACAAAGCUCAAUGGACGCAAGAAAUCGACCAUAGUUUCCACCAAAAUUAAAGUCAAGAAGUCACCAAGUGCAAAACAAAAUUAA